GAAGGGAUGAUCGCUUGAGGAGGAUGGUCCAUUGGAACAUCUAUCGUCUAAUCCCCUUGUUUGGUCUGAGGAGGUUGCGUUUCUGUUAUUUCUCGUCAACUGCGGAACCCGAGCACCAUCAAGCUCCGGAUUUUCGCCGAUGGAACAAGAACAUCUCCCAUUUAAUUCGAAUCGGUAGGCUGGAUGAAGCAAAAAGAGUUUUUGAUAUGUUGGGGCAUCGAAACUCAGUUACGUGGAAUUCCAUGAUCAGUGGCUAUGUGCAACGCCGAGAGAUUGCAAAGGCUCGGAAGCUCUUCGACGAAAUGCCAUGUAGAGACAUAGUGUCUUGGAAUUUGAUGAUAUCAGGCUACAUUUCAUGCGGCAGUGGCAGGUUAAUCAUGGAAGCGCGGUCUUUGUUCAAUAGAAUGCGUGAGAGAGAUUCUGUCUCUUGGAACACGAUGAUUAGUGGCCUCGCAAGAAAUGGAAUGAUGGCAGAUGCGUUGGAUCUUUUUCAUAGAAUGCCUGAGCAGAAUGUUAUCUCAUGGAAUGCAAUGAUCACUGGUUUUCUGCAGAAUGGUGAUGUUUCACGUGCGAUUGAUAUGUUUGAGAGAAUGCCUAGACGUGACUCGGCUUCUCUUAGUGCACUUGUAUCCGGUCUUAUUCGAAAUGGUGAAUUGGAUGAAGCUGCAAGAAUUCUGCUGAAAACAGGGGAAAUGACUGAUGGCAGUGAAGAUUUAGUGCAUGCUUAUAACACUCUGAUUGCUGGUUAUGGUCAGAGCAGAAGGGUUGAAGAAGCUCAAUACUUGUUUGAUCAAAUGCCUUCCUAUCAUGAUCAGAAACAAAUCAAUGGAAGGUUUGAAAGAAAUGUGGUUUCAUGGAACACCAUGAUCAUGUGCUUUGUGAAAGUGGGAGAUCUUGUUUCAGCCCAGAGGAUGUUUGACAAAAUGGAUGAACGGGAUGCUGUCUCAUGGAACACUAUGAUCAGCGGUUAUGUUCAUGCAUCAGAUAUGGAAGCGGCCUCCAAUCUUUUUGGUAAAAUGCCUGUUCCUGACACUCGGUCAUGGAAUUUGAUGAUAUCUGGGUAUGCCCAGAAAGGUGAUUUAGAACUUUCUCGUGAUUUCUUUGACAGGAUGCCCCAAAAAAGCCUCGUUUCAUGGAACUCAAUGAUAGCAGGGUAUGAACAGAAUGGUAACCAUGAUGAAGCAGUUGUUCUCUUUUCUCAAAUGGUAACUGAAGGGGAGAUGCCCGACCGACAUACUUUAUCUUCAGUUCUGAGUGCUUGUGCUGGGCUUACGGCUUUGUACCAAGGAAUGCAGAUCCAUCAGUGGGUCAUAAAAACAGUGGUUCCAGAUACACCCAUAACUAAUUCCCUUGUGACUAUGUAUUCAAGAUGUGGAGCAAUUACAGAAGCAAAAAGCAUCUUUAAUGAUACGAAAUUGCAACGAGAUGUAGUCUCAUGGAAUGCAAUGAUUGGAGGGUAUGCAUAUCAUGGUUUUGCAGGGGAAGCUCUUAUGCUAUUCGAGGAGAUGAAGAGAAAGAAAGUGCAACCCACACAUAUUACAUUUAUUUCAGUUUUGAAUGCAUGUGCUCAUGCAGGGUUAGUGGAUGAAGGACGAAAACAUUUUAAUUCUAUGAUUGAAGACUUUGGGAUUGAACCAAGAGUUGAACAUUUCGCGUCCCUUGUUGAUGUGGUGGGUAGGCAUGGGCAGCUGAAAGAGGCCAUGGAUCUGAUUAAUGCUAUGCAAGUCAAGCCAGAUAGGGCUGUGUGGGGUGCCUUGUUGGGUGCUUGCAGGAUGCAUAACAAUGUGGAAUUGGCCCAGGUUGCAGCGGAAGCUUUGAUGAAGCUCGAGCCGGAAAGUUCAGCCCCGUAUGUGUUGCUAUACAAUAUGCAUGCUGAUGCAGGGAGAUGGGAUGAUGCAACAGAUGUGAGGAUGGUGAUGGAAAGGAAUGGUAUCCGGAAACAAACUGCAUACAGCUGGAUAGAGUUGCACAACAAGGUUCAUAUGUUUGUUGCAGCAGAUAGAACACAUCCUCUUUCUGAUGAGAUACAUGCAUUGAUUGAGAGUUAUAAUCUGAUAAUCAGAGAUCUUGGUUUGGAUAUCUUCUAUUACUUUGAGUUUGACUAGGAAUUUCCCAGGAGUCUCAUCUGUUGCUCUUUUCAUUCUUCAUAAAAAAGUAGUCCAAGAACUAUUACUAUUUAUUCAACUCAUUGGCCACUGAAACUUGAUAUCUUCUAACAAGUUUGUUGGGAUGGCAGUCCUGGAAGGGAAGUUCUGUUGCAAUGAUGACAGGUUCUGCAAAUUUUCUCAAGGAAGAGAGAGGGAGAGUCCAACAACAAAGGCAAUGGAGAAGGCGGUGGGGUGGUAACAUUAAAAAG